AUGGCCCCGGGCAGCGCGGAGCCCCCGCGGUCCCCCCGCCCCGGCCGGACCCACCUGCUGGCGCCGCGGGGCCCGGCGGGGAGGGGCGGGGCUCGGCAGCCGCAGCGCCGCCUCAGCGUCCGGCCGGGGGGCGGGGCCUGGGCAGGGAAGGGGCGGAGCCUGAGCGGCGGCGGCGGCACUGCGGGGCGGGAGUGGGCAGCCCUGGAAGAUGUGGUGGUGAAUUGGAGUGCUCUCUCCUUGCUGGAGGUUUGUGGUGAGGACCUGGACCUGGAGAGGGACAGCGAGGAUGGCACGGGGGAGAUGGCACGGGGUGGCACAGGGGAGAGAGGCCUGGUGUCAGCCGGGCAUGGAGAAGGUGACUCUACCCACCUGGAGCAGGAUGAGGAAGGGUACAGAGAGGAGGAUGACGGCAACAGCAGGCACUCAGAAAAUGAUGAUUUACAGACUGAAAAACCCAAGGCUGGUGACCUAAAGGAAUUCCAAGAAGUGGAGGAAAGAGAUCCUCAGGAACCAGUUGCUUCUUUUUCAGAGAGAGUGUGGAACACAUCUCCAGAUGAGAUCAAAAUCCCUCCUGAGCCUCCUGGCAGAUGUUCUAACCAACUGCAGGAUAAAACUAAAAAGCUGUAUGAGAGCAAAAUAAAAGAGGGCAUGGAUAUGAACUACAGCAUCCAGAACAAAAAGGAAUUUCGCAACCCCAGCAUCCAUGAAAAGCUGAUCCAGUUUUGUUCCAUUGAUGAAAUUGGUACAAAUUACCCAAAGAACAUGUUUGAUCCUCAUAGCUGGUCAGAGGAUUCACAUUAUGAGGCACUAGCUAAAGCCCAGAAGACUGAGAUGGACAAAGUGAAGAAGGCCAAGAAAGAACGUACAAAGGUUGAAUUUGUGACUGGCACUAAAAAGGGUACAACAAGAAGCGCUGGUUCCACAACCACCACAACAUCCAGCACCACUGUGGGAGAUGCCCAGAAGAAGGGGAGGAGGAGCAAGUGACACGUGUUGAGGAAGGGUCUCAAAGAAUGACUCA